UGUAGACUUUUUAGAUCCACUGUAUAUACUUGUUUAUUAUUGAUUAAAUUUAUGUAUUUUUUAAAUCGAUCUACAGACAACACCCCAUCAUACCAGAGCCAUAACAUUUUUUGUUUUUAGAAAUUUGUGCUAAUUUAUUAAAGAUUAAAAUCUGAAAUAUCUGGAAAAUGUAAAACUAUUCAGACCCAUUGCCACAACACUCAAAUCACAUCCUUUGAUCGUCCUUGAGGCGUCUAGAAGUUGAUUGGACAUGAUUUUUAGAUCCACUGUAUAUACUUGUUUAUUAUUGAUUAAAUUUAUGUAUUUUUUAAAUCGAUCUACAGACAACACCCCAUCAUACCAGAGCCAUAACAUUUUUUGUUUUUAGAAAUUUGUGCUAAUUUAUUAAAGAUUAAAAUCUGAAAUAUCUGGAAAAUGUAAAACUAUUCAGACCCAUUGCCACAACACUCAAAUCACAUCCUUUGAUCAUCCUUGAGGCGUCUAGAAGUUGAUUGGACAUGAUUUAGAAAGGCACAUGCUUGUCAAUCUAAGGAGCAAAAAACAAGCCUUGAAGUUCAUCCAGAAAUUGCUGAAGCAUGGAACGUUCCCAGGAGCAUAGUGGACCCAUCAUUUUGAAAUUUGAAACCAUCAAGACUCUUCCUGUUGCUGUCUGCCAGGCCAAACUGACUAGGUCAGAAGGGAGUUUUGGUUAGGGAGGCAACAAAUAACACAACUCCUACUAACUGAGCUUCAGAGUUUCCCUGUGGAGAUUGGAGAAUCUUGCCGAAGGACAACGGUCUGUGCAGUACUCCAUCAAUCAGGCCUUUAUGGUAGAGUGGCUAGACUGAUGCAACUCCUGAGUAAAAGGCAUACGACAUGCCAUCUAAAGGACAGAGAGCAUGAGGGGGGAAAUAUAAUGCUAAUUAUUAGGGCGGAAAUUGUUCCUCGCUAACAACGUUUUUAAAAACGAAUGUCUGCAUUUCACCUUUUACUUGUAUACAGGCGGAUGUUUAUUCCGCCAAGCAUAACGUUUUACUUACAACUGUCUACGUUUAACGGAAUUAAUACAGUACAUCGGUCCGCACCCUUGCACAGUGGUUAACUCCCAUCCUACUGGCGGCGCUGUUAUAAGUUUCCGGGUUUGUCAAACAUUAUUUUUUUUAAUUUAGUUUUUCCUUGACUUGAACACGGAAGUAAUGUUGGAAGUAAGUUCGUUUUUAUCACAAAGAUUCGUUGUUCUGUUACGUAAGGAAAGGCCGUCAUUUCUGAUAUAAUUAGCUAUUCAAUGUUCAUUCCGCAUAAAAUGGCUAAACUACAGUCCCUUCGUGUGUUCUUAAAUGAGCGCUUAACGGCGGCUGUUGUGGAGAUUUUUGGGGCGGUGGAGAACACGAUACUUGAGUACCAGGAGGAGAAUGAUCGGCUACGGAGAAUGCUGCGGAUCACACCAGAGAUACAGCUUCGUAGAAUAGACUCCCUACAGUUCUCUCUCUCUAAAGAGGAGGUUCCCCCUGAGCAACAGCACUGUGAGCAGGAGUGGAGCCCAAGUCUGUGGCAGGAGGACCCAGAGGCCACACAGAUUAAAGAGGAACAGGAGGAACUCAGAAACAGUCAGGAUGAAGAGUUGGGGGCUAAUAUCAUAGAGUUUAAAUUCCCUUCUCCCUCUAUUAAAAUUGAAUGUGAUCACGAGCGUCCAUUUCAGUCCAUGACUCUCCCCCAAACGCAGACUGUGGAAAACAUAGAGAGUGACUCUAGACCAGUGGAUCUCCAACCUUUCAGCACUGUGACCCACCUGAGGGGUCUUGACAUUCCCUGUGAACCUCCAGAUAGUCUAAAUAAUUUCUCCAGCCACAGCUCAGCUUUAAUCAGAGACCCAGUAGGAUUGGCCAGCAGUCUACCAUUGGACCGAGACCCACCAAUGACCGAACACCAUCCAAAACUCCCCACCAUGUCUAGAAAGUCUCACCAAUGCCAGGACUGUGGUGAAAUGUUUGUUCUGAAAGCUGACCUGCAGAGGCACGUGACCCUAACCAGGAAGAGACCUAGUGAAUGUGUCUCUUGUAAAAAACGUUACAACUCCACUUGUAAACUGAAGGCCCAUGUCAGACUCUGUCACAGUGAGAAACCUGGCUCCUGCCCCGUUUGUGGCAAGACUUUCAAACUAAAAGCACAUCUGUCCAAGCACAUGAGGAUUCAUACAGGUGAGAAACCUUUCACCUGUGACGAGUGCGGGAAAAGCUUCAGUCAGAAAGGGCAUCUAACCAUUCAUAAACUCACUCACACAGGUGAGAAACCAUUUAGUUGUGCUGACUGUGGAAAAAGCUUUGGACGCCAGCAGCACCUAACAACGCACAAAUUGACUCACACGGGAGAAAAACCCUUUAUCUGUGGAGACUGUGGGAAAAGCUUUAAUCGCAAAGAGGUCUUAACCGUUCAUAUAAGGACUCACACAGGAGAGAAGCCAUUUAACUGUGGUGACUGUGGGAAAAGCUUUAGGCACAAGGGGUCCCUGAAGAUACAUGUGAAGUCUCACACAGGAGCGAAAUCAUUCACUUGCGGGGACUGUGGGAAAAGCUUCAGUAAGACAGCACACCUAACAAUGCAUAUACGAACUCACACCAGGGAGAAUACAUUUUGUUGCAGAAACUGUGGUAAAAGCUUCAUUCAGAAGGAGCAUUUAACUGAACACAUGCAGACUCACACAGAAGAGAAACCGUUUAGGUGUACCGACUGUGGGAAAAGCUUCUAUAUGAAGGCAGAUUUAAGGAGGCAUGUACUAACUCACACAGGAGAGAAACCAUAUGUCUGUGCACACUGUGGUAGAAGAUUCACCCAAAAGACUCAUCUGCUGAGGCAUAUGUAUAAUGUCCACAAAGGCAGGAAACACGAGAGGAUAGAAAAUGUAGACAAUGAGAUCAUAUGUCAGUUUAUUGAAUAAAAACAAGUGGAUAACAGCAAUAUUGGCCCCAUAAGUUAUAUAGAUGACAUGUCUGGUUGCUUGCCUGGAAAGCAAAUCCAUCUCAAGCUACUACUACUACAUUGAUAGCUUUGUGUCAUGGUUGGAUUUGACUUCAAUGUCUCCAAGAGUACAUUACAGAAAAGUUGGGGAAUCACAGAAGCUUUGAAACAAACUUGUUUCGGGGUGUCUAAAACAUGAAUGGUUACAGAUUUUCUGUUGGUGGGUAACUGCAAAUUAAUGCAAAAUCAGAUAGUUACACUUGAUAAAUACACUCACCUAAGGGAGUAUUAGGAACACCUGUUCAAUUUCUCAUUAAUGCAAUUAUCUAAUAAACCAA